UCCUGUCAAUAUUUCAUCUCAGCAUCCCGUGAACGUGCAGCAGACCACAACGGAUCCGACGGAGCAGCUCUUAUAUCGUCUCUUUUAGUCCGUGGACGAUUUCUUAAACCUCCAAGGAACACAACGAGCCAACCACUCAGGAAGGUAUCCAGAACAUGGACAAGUCCCGUGUUCCCACCAGGAAAAGGAAUGGGACGCCGCGGAGGACACUAGACUUUAGCCAGAAACGAAGCAAAAUAGCGUGUCACCCACCGAUUUUCAAGAAAACUCUGCGUUUUUCAGCUAACUACCUCCGAGAAUUCGAUUCGAGAUACCAAAAAGGGCUUCCUCUAUCAGCCUGUGCUGGCAUUUGCGGAAUCUUAUACCUAGUGAGAUUUCUCCGCAGAGGCUAGACGCGCGAAGCCAUAUGUGUGCAUCUUGGCUGGAUCCACAGAGAUGUAUGAUAGUGAGACGUCGCAUCGCUAGGGCAC